UCUAAUAACAUCACGAGGAACUGGUUACCAUGGAGACAAGUAAGCAGAAUCGUUUAUGUACUCCAGCCUCCAGCGAGCCUUCUGUGCAGGAUUGCCUGUCUCAGCCUGGCAGCAGCUCAUCGACCGCUCUGGCUGAAGACGGAAUGCAGAGUAAACAGAAGCCCCUGGAAACAGUCUACCUGAACACCAUCAGCCUGCCCUUGUACCAGCAGUUUCAGCCUGCAUGCAGCCAGGAGACCCUAUCCAUCCACCUCUCAGUCCCCCAGCUGCCUGAAAGGAUGGGUCAAGCAGAGCACAAACAGCUACUGCCGACCCUGACCCUGAGGCUAGUCAAUGGGCUUCCGGUUGUGCAUAGUCAAGGGUUGUUAAGCAUAACUUCGGGGAAGCCCAAGUCGACAGGGAAGCACGUCUGCAAACACUGUGGCCGGGACUGCCUGAAGCCCAGUGUUUUGGAGAAGCAUCUCCGAUGCCACACAGGUGAACGGCCCUAUCCCUGUGCCACCUGCGGUAUUGCCUUCAAGACCCAGAGCAACCUGUACAAGCACAAGCGCACUCAAGCGCACGCCCGUCUCUGCUCCGAACCACAAGGCGGCAGCAGAGACAGCGCUCAGAGCUCAAAGGAGACAAGUUUAGAAAGUCCUUUUGCUGGAAGUUACGAUGGAGGGAAUAGCAAAGGCUCUGGGAGCCUUAAGAAAGAAACUACUAUUUGUGAUGUGGCGCCCAUCUCCACAACUUCAACCCAACUUGAGUUGUCUGAACAGAGUGCCCUGGUUGGAGUCAUACUCGCUCCUGUUAACAGAAACCAGGAGAACACAGAUCAGGCGUGUGGACAACUGCCCGGAAAACAGAGUAUGCUAGGCACCACAAUCGACUCCAGGGCAGAGAGAGAAGGACAGUCUACCCAAAUGCCAAACCGCCACAUUCCGCUCCAGAGGCAGGAAGCCACGUUUUUUUCAAAACAGUGGGACCCAAGAGCCUGUAGUGGGAAAUCGCAAAGCCACGACAGUACAGACUCCGGGUACCUGUCCCAUUCAGAAAGCACUGAGCAGCAAUCCUGGGGCUCCUGCUCUAACAGCUGCGUGCGUGAACACAGCAUGGAGUCCCUGCCAGAGACCGCCAUGGAGUCCCAGGCAGAAAUAGCGCCCUCUGCUGCUAUGAACUGCAGUGCCGAGGCUGCACCCUACACUUCCAGUAACAAACCAUCGGCGCUGGAGAAGAAGCAAAUAGAAGAGCGCAUCUCGAAGCUCAUCUCUGACAAUGACGCGGUUGUGGACGACAAACGUCUGGCGAACGUGCGGCCCAGAAAGACGGUGCUCUCCAAGCAAGGCAGCAUCGACCUCCCCAUGCCUUAUACCUACAAGGACUCCUUUCACUUUGACAUGAAAGCCAGCAAGGUGACCAACACUUGCGGAAGCUGGAACAGGCCCACGAGCAGACCCAAGCCGGGGCUCUUCAGCUCUGUGCCCACACAAUGCUCCACCAGCCUGGACCGUCUGCCCAUUACGAGGAGCAGCUCCCUGCCCUUCAGUGGGAGCUGCUUGGGUUUGGAAGGAGCCACCGUGCAAAGCUUGUAUCACCAGGAGGGUUGUUCAGGAGGAAAGGGCAACUCUGGUCAUUUACAUGCCGGAGACUUUGCUGCAAGGUCUGUUGAUUUGCAAGCCUCGCACCCAAGGUCACUAGUGAGGCAGGUGGCUGUGGACUGCGUACCAGCGGCCGAGGUUACCUGUCCUCCCGCCCCCCUAGAAGAAGCCAGUCAGAGCAGCCUUGGAUCUGAAGGGGAGCCUGCAGGCUUAACCAACGAGUCAAGUGGGGGCAAGGGUCGCCGCAAGAAAACCCCAAAGUUCUCCUACAGCAAGUGGUAUAUGUAUGGAGACGGGACUUUCAGGAAACUAUACCAGAUGGAGAAGGGGAGGAAUGCUGAGCUCUCUGGUGGUGGCUGCAGGGUGAGAAAAAGCUCAGGUAGAGCAGAAGCCAGUAACAGUUUAGAAGAAAAUAAGAGCAUGGAGACCCACGCAGGUCAAGGACCGGCUAUUUCAGGGGGAGUCAACAGAGCAUCAACACAUCAAGAAAACCUUUUAUACCAGCCACCUAGCCUACCAGCUAAAAUGUCUGGCUUUGAAACUAAACAAGGAUUGCCUACCCUGCACGGAACAGAUUCUGAAGUGCCUUUGUGUCGCUAUAAAACAUCAGCAGCACCAUGCAAUCAAAGUGAAAGAGAAAAAUCUGCUCUCCCAAGCAAUGAAGUGUUUUCUGUUCGAGACACAGGAAGUGGCAAGUCCAUUGUAUGUUUCCAGAAACCACAGCAGAAGUGGGUUGCAAACUCACAGCACCAACGUCUAGUCAGGCAAUGCAGCCUUCUGCUCCCAGAGCUCAGUAAUAUCAAGGGCUCAUGGGCACCUAAAGACAUUUGCACCGUUAAAGAGGUGGACCAAAGCAGGAAGAAUACGUUUUGUCAGUCUUUGAGUCACCUUCCAUCAGACAGAAAGAAGAAGAAGACAGAUGGGAUAAUUACCACUGGAGGUCUUCCGGCAGAAGUGAGUGGCAGUAGGGAUGAGACACAGAGCUGCUCUAGUCUGAAGUGGCUGAACAGCAAGACAGAAAGUAGACAAAAUAAAAUACUGCACUCCUUAGGAACACCAUGUGAUACAAAGAAUGAGGGAGUGUCCAUGGAGGGGGUAGAAAAUGAACCAACACACUAUCAGGACCUCAUUGGCCAUCAUUUUCACCCAGGUUCAGCUCAACACAAGGAGACCAGUCCUGCACAAGACACUGUGAUGAAGAUAGAAGCAUCUGUACCUUUCCAAACUAAGAAGCCUAGCUUUCUCCCAAUGUAUCAACUCAAACUGCCUCAAGAGGGCAGUCAAAGAACACAUUCAAAUGCUUUCCCUAGAUCCACAGAAGACACGUUACAGUGCCUUGCCCUCACAGCCACUACAGCCUGUUUGAAUCUUCCCGGAACAUCUUUCAGCAACUUGGUUCCUAACAAAAGUAGAUGGGAUAACCACACAAAACAAGAAAAAGAAGACUCUUUAUUGUGUGGUACGCUUCCCAGUGUUUGUGUGAAAGGGCUAAGCAUGCCUGCCCAUGUUGCUGAGGCAGAGCAGGGGGCAAAACUGCCAGACAGCACUCAGUCAGGAGAAGCAGGAUCUGUGUCACAGGACAGUCCUGGUAAGUCCGUAAAAGGUUUCCAUCAGGCAGCUUUAUCAGACAAACCCCAAUGGGCCAGUAGAAUCCAUGAAGACAGCCAUACAGGGUAUGGUUUACAGAAAUGUUUUUAUCAGAAGGAGGCGACUCCCUUUAUCUGCAAUGCUCCACUAACUCUUGCUCAUUCACUGGAAUCCUGUGCAGGGUCUUCAUUGCAGGAUGCUCUGGAACAGCAGCAGCCUGCAGAGAUACUCGGUCAAACUCCCUCCCACUCGACAGCCCACGCAGAAACCGCAUUACAGCAAUCAGCAAGUCAACUCCAACCUUCACAAUUUCAGGUGCUCUCUCCACCCAGAAACCAACACGAGGGCAAGGGAGAAUGCUUUACACAAAAGGAUUCCACACAUCACAAACACACAGAGUGGCUGAGUAAGACUCUUCUGUCCUGCACAGCACAAAGGGAUUGCAAUACAGAUAGCCGGAGCACUCUAUUCCAAGGGCAGAAUGAAAUGUUACAUGCAGUCCAACAGGAUGAGCACACUGAGAAAGUGUCAAUCUCUACAAUGCAAAAGGUCAGCCACACUGAAGAAAUGCAGUUACUGGAAGCUCCUGGGCAAUGUGAACCAUUUCAGGGUCUGAGUCAACCAGGAAGUGAAUCAAAAACUGCUUGCCUAGAAACUUCCAUUCAAAACCUUCUCAUUCAGUCUUCAAAUCAAACUUUUGCCUGUUUUGAAUACCAACUAGCAGAACAUUUUACACAAGAAAGUUGUACCCAAACCCAACUUACAGAGCAAUCGAUUGGUAAACCAAAUGAGCCACUCCAAAUACAAACCCAGGAAUCCUUUCUCUAUAAUAUUCAUGUAAACAAGGACCAUUCUCAACAACUCCUGGGACAAACUUCUAAUCACAAAGAAAUAUUAAAAUGCCUGAAACAAGACAGCUUUAAGCAAGCUGAAGCGGGGGACUGUUGUAAAAAGCUAAUUUGUGAGGCUCAGCCAGACCCUCAUAAAAACAUUGUUUCACGUGAGGAUUUUACUGAACAGAAAAAUGACCAUGGUGCACCUAACACAGACCAACUCUAUGCCAGUGAUACACCUGUCUCACCAGACUCCACCAGCAGCAACAAAUCUUUCAAGGAACUGAAACAGACUUCUUCAUCUGAUACAAACCCACAGCACAGACAUACGGAAGAUGUUUCACGUCAAUAUUUAGGUAACAACAACCAUGCUGAUGAUGCUAUUUCAGAAGAUACUUCUUCCCAACACACGCCAUUUGAGGAAUCAAGUUCAGAAGCUACAGCUCGAACAAAUUGCCCAGAAUACGAUGCCGAGCCUGUUUCCUGUCAAGUGUUCAGCUUCCUAACGCUCACAAACAGUCAAACUCUCUCAUCCUGUAAAUCCCCACAGUAUUCCCAUGCUGACAUUGUUCCACAGAAAGCCUCAAUCAUGACUAAUCCUCUCCUUAUAAGCACAGGAGAACAGGACAGUAAUACAGACUCUGUUUUACUGGAGGCUUCAACUGGAAGACACAAAUCUUGUCAGGAGCUCAGUGAGACAUCUCCCUCUGUAGCUAAUGCAGACAGCCACACUGAUAAUGUUUUGCAGGAGCCUUCGGCCCAACACAAACUCAUCCAGGCAGUCAGCCGUGCGCAUUUGUCUGAUACAGAACCAAGAGCAAGCAAUCCAGGAUGUAUUGUACAAGAUGCUCUUAGCCAAUACAAAGUCGUAAAUAACAGGCUGUCAACCAGCACCACAGAACUGGAAAACAACCCCGGAAAUGAGUUGAACCCCAAAGAUUUUUGCCAAAAUAAACUUUUCGAGGGAUUCAAUCAAACUCUGCACCUGCCCCUUUCUACACCACGGACCAUGCCAGGAUUCAAACAGGUGGCCCCACCUUGCGUCUCCCAGAAGGGCAAUGCUGCUGAAUGCACGUUACAGGAACACUUGCCUCACACUGAAUAUCACAGUCCCCAAUCCCCUGUGCCACAGCUGGAAAACACAGCAAGGGCUGUAUUGCUGGAAGCUUCCACCUCAUCUGAACCCUUCCAAAGAAUCAGUCAGUGGGGCUCCCAUGCCAAUACUGAUCUUCAAGAAGGGGUGGGUGGACCCCAACUGGACCGGAGUUUGACUCAGGGCCCGUUGCUCUCCCUAGCACAGGGUAAGGAUGACUCGGGCUUGCUUUCAUGUGCAAUGAAGUGGGGUCCGCAGGCAAAACUGGCUUUGCAGGAAACAAUUUUGCAAAAAUCCCCUCUUUGGGAAGCUCUGCAAUCCCCCCUGUGUCGCAGUACCCAGAUAGCAGAUGAAAAGGAACCAACCAGAAAACAUGAACCGGUCAGGGCACUUCUCCAAACACUAACCUCGGAGAUUCUCACAUUGGAGCCACAGGGACGGCUUCCUGGAGGGGAACCAGAGUCAAAACAAGCCAGAGGUAAUGACUGUUUAUUCUCCCUGUAAACAAGGAGGCUCCAGAGUCCUCAACGGCAGGCUGUCAGACGGCAAGUCUAAUCCAAGCUGAACAUUAGCAAGGAUCCAUAGCAAGAGAUUCCGUGACAGAAUACGGGUCAUCAGGGUUCCAUAGCAAGAGAUUCCGUGACAAUACGGGUCAUCAGGGUUCCAUAGCAAGAGAUUCCGUGACAGAAUACGGGUCAUCAGGGUUCCAUAGCAAGAGAUUCCGUGACAGAAUACGGGUCAUCAGGGUUCCAUAGCAAGAGAUUCCAUGACAGAAUACGGGUCAUCAGGGUUCCAUAGCAAGAGAUUCUGUGACAGAAUACGGGUCAUCAGGGUUCCAUAGCAAGAGAUUCUGUGACAGAAUACGGGUCAUCAGGGUUCCAUAGCAAGAGAUUCUGUGACAGAAUACGGGUCAUCAGGGUUCCAUAGCGAGAGAUUCUGUGUCUUUUGUUUACCAGGCAGGGUGUUAUUGAGACGACCUCUUUUCAGAAACAAAGUGAUUGAACUCUAAUUGGGUAUUCGCUUUAGCUCUUUGGUGAUAGCUUGCUCUUUCUUUCUCUUUUAUUUUUUUAACAUUGAUCCAUCAUUUAGAGCCUUGGAUUACAGUACAAGUGUCUGGUAGAUGGGGCCAAACUUCACAUUAACACAGAAAUGCACAUUUACAUGAGGCACAAGCCUGACCGUUACUGUUGAUCAAAUGGAGCAUUGCUGUAAUACUACAGGUGCAUGUAUCAGAUGUGAGGCACGGUCGCCUCUUCCAUAGAGGGCUGAUAUGAAGCAUGCCAUUUUCAGCACUGGCCUGUUAUCAAUACAGCAGCUUACACAGUUUCAUUCAAAUAUAUUUAAACAACAUUUCUUUAGAAUGAUGGCAUAUAAUCAGAACCAACAUGUACAGCAGUAGCGUGGCACAAUACUGACUUUUACUCAGUUUAUAUACUCUAACCUGCUACCUCCCCACUAACGCUAUGUCAAUUCAGUUCAAACAGUAUAAAUACUGCCGAGUUUAUUGAAUUGCCCAAUUUCCCCAAAUCCUUUUUCCCAGCUUUAUAAAGCUAAUUGAAUUAGACCUUAAGCCAGUUGUGUGUUUUGACACAGAGCAGGAGGCAGCAGUCAACGACAGUCUCUUGGGAGCAAGAUUAACAGGGUAAUAACACAUGAUUUUG